AUGCUAAUUCAACGUCAAUACUGUUUCGAGGGCAGUGAUGCUGCUUAUAUCAAGCAUCUCGAGGCACGAGUUUCUGACUUGGAGAAGAGGCAUUCUGAGACUCCCCAACAGUUCCGACUCGUGCGCUGUGAGACUUGUAGAGAGGCACCAAAAACCCACGAAAAGGGAAGUAUUUCGCGGUUGUCGGAUGUCGGGAUGCGAGGUCAGGAGAGCGUGGGGAGACACGGGGCGGAACGCCGCAUCGAGCAACAGCAGUCAACACCUUCAAACAGCGAACCUUUGAACAGUACGUCAAGCGAAGGAACUAGCUUCAAUAUUGUCGUCUGGGAUCCUCUCGGCGACCCCAAACCGCGCUCUCGAAAGACCAACGGCGAAUACGAUCAGACUCAAGCAAAGUUGUUCAAGGAUUUUGUCGGUCUGACAAGCAAUUUGCCGACAACUUCAGAUUGGAAAAUUGGUAACUCAGAGCGAGCAACUUAUCACUGGGGUAAUAUAAGCGCGUUUAAAUUGAACUUGCCAACUGGUCUAAAGCAACCCAGUGUCUUACCACUUACCCAUAGCUCUAAGCCCGCGCCCAUCUCCUCCCCACUCAUCUCACCCUCAGUGCCAAUCUGUACAUCUGUAACAAUCGGCUACCCACGCACGUCCAUAGAAACUCUACUUACGGGUUACAUUAAUGUACCUAAAGUAUCCGAGAAGAAAAAUGCGAACUUCCGAAAGCUCGUACUCUGUUCAGCAUGCUUGGUUGCUAUGGAGACUACCCAUGCCAGCUCGAAAGAUGAUGUUUACGAAAUACUAAGGCGAAUCUUUGAAUCCGAUGCUAAUAUUAGUUGGCUUCAGUCCCUAUGCCGUGGAGCGAAAUGGAUUACUUAG